AUGGCGAGUGACGACGCUGUUCGCUCAGAAAUCGCAUCCAUUGACUCGCGCUUGAAGCAAUGGUUCCUCUUCCGCAGGGUCCAGGCCGAGAGGGCUCUUUCGAUAAAGAAGCUGCUGGAGGAGCACAACUUCAUUGGCCUGGCGUGCAACAACAAGAGCGUGGGUGUCAUUGACCGGGUGAUGUGGUCAGACAUCGUGAAGGGCCGGCCCGAGCUCGAGGAUUCUCUGUCCGUGAACGCCCGCGAGAUGAAGGCUGAUAUGUACAUGGACAUUUUCACGCAAUCAUGUGACCUAGAUCACGCCUGCAGGCUGCCAGGCUCCAAGUACUUCCAAUGCCUCCAGCAGCACUUCAGUCUCAACCGUGCCGACCGAUCGCAGCGUUGCGCCGAUUCGUUCAACGCAUUCGACUCCUGCCGCACGAUGUUGCAGCUGCAGCAAAACGCGCACGUGCAGGAGGCGCUCAAGCGCCAGCAGCUCGUGGAUGAUGAAGCCAAGGCACUGUUUGAAAAACGGAUGCAGCUCAUGAAACAACUAUCGAAGUGA